AUGAAAAACACCCUUUUGGGUUCCCGGAUCGACUCUGUGGGCAGACAUGGCAAGUAUUUCUGGAUGCGAUUGAACUUGGCCAAUGGACCUGAUUUGGCCAAAGCUCCUAGUGGAGUCCUUUUGAUGCAUUUUGGAAUGACCGGAAUGAUCAAGUUACGCAAUAUCGACUCUCAUUUGACUUUUAUGGAGAAUGGAGGCGACAAAAAGGUUCUAGAAAAAAUGAAGGUUGCGGUCAAGCAAGAAACUACGGAAACAGUUACGGUUCCGAAAGACGAUAAGGAUACGAAAGACGAUGUAAAAGAUGAAGAAUGGCCGCCCAAAUUCGUCAAGUUUGAAAUGGAUCUCGAGAGAGAAAAUGGAGAGGUGAUUGAAUUGGCAUUCGUGGACCCUCGGCGACUUGGACGAGUGAGACUUUUAACAGGAGAAACGGUUCAAAGUGACGAACUAUUGAUGGAAGAGGCUCCUCUCAAAUCUUUAGGUCCUGAUUAUUCCAAGCUGGCAGAGGGAAAAACCACGGAUAAAUUUGUGUAUGGAGAUCCUGAUCCUCACCAUCAUGGUAGACCACGGCUUCUGUUACAAGAAUUUAACGAUUUGGUUUUACUAAAGAAAAAACCCAUCAAAAGCAUGCUUUUGGAGCAAGAAUUAUUCUCUGGAGUCGGCAACUGGGUAGCAGAUGAGAUCAUCUACCAUGCUCGGCUUCAUCCCAACGAGGUAAUUUCCAGUAAAAUAUCUAAUGAUGGAAAUGUGAGCCAGGUUAUUAAGGAACUUUACAAUGCUCUCAUAUAUGUUUGUGAGUAUUGUGUCUCUGUGGAGGGAGAAGUGACGCAAUUUCCAGACAAUUGGCUCAUGCCAUAUCGAUGGGGAAAGGGCAGAAAACAAGAAAAGAGCAAAACAAAAGAAGGCUACCAAGUUGACCAUGGAACCGUUGGUGGAAGGACAUCGUGUUUUGUGCCCGAGUUGCAAAAAAUGCUAAAGAAUCAAAAGACGGAAGACAAAGAGAAAGAAAAAGUCAAAAAAGUGAAAAAGAAAGCGGAAGACGGUGAGACAAAAGUUAAGAAAGACAAUGAGACGAAAGCUGAAGACGAUGGUGAGAGUACGCGAACCAAAAGGCUUGCUUCAGGUGCGGCUGGAGGGCUGCGAAAAAAAAAAUCCACGAAAUGA